GGCCCGACCCCCCCCCCCCCGCGGUCCGCACCCCCCCCCUCCGCCGCCCGUGCCCCCCCAGCCUCGCCCCGCCCCUCCCGGGGCUGCGGCGGUGCCGUUCCGCACCGGGGCCGCCGGGGGCGCCCUCGCCGCCCGCUCCGGUGCCGGUGCCGCUUGCGGAGCGCCGGGAUCCGCCAGCCGAGCCAGGCCGCAGCUGCGGGGGCAGAGCCAUGAGUGUGGGCUGAGACCCCCGGACCCGCGCCCACCCCCAGGCAGGAUGCGGGGGGCGCAGCGGGCGCUGUGCCUGCUGCUGGUGGCCUCGGCCUCGCUGGCCGCGCUCUACCUGCACCUCUGGGCACCCAAGGGCCCCCCCAGCGUGGACCUGCGCCGCCCCCCCCCCGAGCGGCUGCCGCCCCCCCUGCCCCCCCCCGCCCGCGCCUACCCCCACGUGCCCUUCCGCCUCAAGGAGGAGGUCAUGGAGCUGCUGCCGCGGAACGGCUGCUCGUGCGAGGCGGAGGCGGAGGCGGGGGCUGGCGCUGCCGCUGCACCGGCGCCUCUUCGGGCCCGGCCCGCCGGGGCUCGACUUCGCCAGCGCCUUCAGCCCCGGGGAGCGGCCGCGGCAGCUGCGGCUGCGGGAGCGCGAGUACCGCAACUACCGCAACCGGGUGCAGACCCCCGCCGACCGCCUGCUGAUCGUCCCGGCCAACUCCCCGCUGGAGUACCCGGCGCAGGGGGUGGAGGGCUCAGCCUGCAGGCGCCGGCCCGGAGCAGGUACCAGGUGAACCUGACGGCCUCGCUGGGGACGCUGGCGGUGGCGGCCGAGGUGGAGGGCGUGGCGCUGCGGGGGGAGGGGCAGCCGCACCUGUCCUUGGCCGCCGCCCACCUGGACCACCUGAACCGGCAGCUGCAGUUCGUCACCUACACCAACACCCAGUUCCACCCCGACACCGCCGACAUCGUGCAGUUCUCCACCGACGGCCACUCCGCCGCCUUCGCCAUCCGCAUCCGGCACCCGCCCACGCCGCGCCUCUACGGCCCGGGCAGCGCCGGCGACAGCGACAGCGGCGACAGCGACAGCGACAGCGGCGGGGACGGGGGGUACAACAUCUCGGCGCUGGUGACCGUGGCCACCAAGACGUUCCUGCGCUACGACAAACUGCGGGGGCUCAUCGCCAGCAUCCGCCGCUUCUACCCCUCCGUCACCAUCGUGGUGGCCGACGACAGCCAGCGCCCCGAGCCCCUGGCAGGGCCACACCUGGAGCACUACCUCAUGCCCUUCGGCAAGGGCUGGUUCGCCGGGAGGAACCUGGCGGUGUCGCAGGUGACCACCAAGUACGUGCUGUGGGUGGACGAUGACUUCAUCUUCACGCCCCGCACGCGGCUGGAGAAGCUCGUGGAUGUGCUGGAGAGAACCAGCCUGGACCUGGUGGGCGGCGCGGUGCGGGAGAUCACCGGCUACACCACCACGUACCGGCAGCGGCUGAGCGUGCGCGGGGGCGGCGCGGGGGGCGACUGCCUGCGGACCCGGCCCGGCUUCCACCACCGCCUGGCCGGCUUCCCAGCCUGCGUGGUCACCGACGGCGUCGUCAACUUCUUCCUGGCGCGCACCGACAAGGUGCGCCAGGUGGGCUUCGACCCCCGCCUGCGCCGCGUGGCGCACCUCGAGUUCUUCAUCGACGGGCUGGGCGUGCUGCACGUGGGCUCGUGCGAGGACGUGGUGGUGGACCACGCGUCCAAGCUGGCGCUGCCGUGGCGGCGCUCGGAGGGCGAGCGCCAGUACAACCGGUACCGGUACCCGGCGGCGCGCGACGACAGCCUGCGCCUCAAGCAGCGCCUCUUCUUCUUCAAGAACCGCUUCAAGUGCAUGGCCGGCGACUAGGGGACACCGGGCGUGCCACCGGGCGUGCCACCGGCCCCCGGAGCCGCGGGGCUGCGCGGAUGGCACCCCCGGGGGCUGGCAGGGAGGUGGCACCGGGACAGCGGGCACGGGCAGCCUCGAGGGUCACUGCUGCCACCCACCCCCCUGCUGCCAGCCACCCCGACGGUGUCCCCAGAGCCACCGGCCGCGGCUGGGCCACCCCUGGGUCACCGACCCUCCUGGGGGCCAUCCCAUGGGCCACCAUUCCUGGGGCACCCCAGGGGUGGCUGUCCCUGCUGGGUCACUCUAGGGGUCACCAUUCCAAGGCCACCAACCCCAGGACACCCCUGGGGUGGCUGUCCCUGCUGGGUCACCCCACGGGCCACCCCCAGGGCCACCAAGCCCGGCACACCCCCGGGGUGGCUGUCCCUGCUGGGUCACUCUAGGGGUCACCAUUCCAGGGCCACCAAGCCCGGGACACCCCAGGGGUGGCUGUCCCUGCCGGGUCACCCCACGGGCCACCACCGCCGGCUGUCCCUGGGGUGUCCCCAGGCCCACGGCCGCUGGCGUGACACAGUGCCACCCCCCGGGUGGCCACUCCAGGGCCACUGCCACUAUGGUCCCCCUCCCUUGGGCCACCCCGUGUGCCACCACCACCGGCCACCUGUGGGACACCCCCAGAACCCCCCCAGGGCCACUGCCAUGGGCCACCACCCAGUGCCACCACCCCGGGCCAGCCCGGCCCGGGGGUCCCCGCAGCCCCCCGCCCCCCCGCGGUGUUUUUAGCUCUUUUGUACUUUGGGGGGGGGUGGUGGCGGGGUCCCCCCGGGCACAGGGUCCCCUCCCUGAUGUCCCCACUCCGUUUUCUACCGCCCGGCCCCUCCCCCCGCUGCCGCCAGGAUUUUUGUGCCAAGUCUCGGCCCCUCCCCCCCCCCGGGACCCCCGGAGCCCCCCGGGUGGGUGGGGGAGGGGCUGGGGGAGGGGCUGCCCCCCCCCGCCCUUUUCUACCCAAUGGAUGGUGAGAUUUUAACCAGC